UCAAGUAACAAAUGCCUAAAACGUAAGAAUAAGUACACCAUAUUAGAGCAAAUAUACAAUCGGAAAAUGUUGAAAAAGAUGAGCCCCAACUUGGGGGCCCCCUCCGAAGCCGAGAUGGAUGAGUCCGGCUACAUGUUCUCUCGAGUGCGGAACAACUCAAACGAGGAGGCGCCAGUUUUGUUGGAACGCGACUCUAAAACCGAGAACUGUCCGAACAACAAUGCAACAACUCUCCCCAAAGGCCUUGCCUCGUCGCUCAACAGCCAUCCGAGAGAUCAACUCUGGACCAAGAAAUACCCGCUGACGAUCGAAGAAGCCGAAGAAGCCCACAACAGUCUUCAACUGAUGGGGGCAGACGCCGGCCGGGUAUUGAAGGAGCAGCAACGGAUCAAGUGUCCCCGCUGCGGCAAGAGCAGCCGCGUCUUCGUCAGCGAGGCUGCGCGGGAGCGAAGCGAUGAAAGCCUGUUGUUGUCGCAAAUACCGCCACCGAUUAAAUAUGCAUUUUCCAACAGCACGAGGCCACCCAUGUCACGUUUCCUGCCGCUGGAUCUCGAAGACAUCAAAGGCUCGCAGCCUACCUACACGUUCGCCGAAUGUACCAGUGUCAUCUGCAAGUACCGCUUCUGCAUCAACUGCCUGUGCAAGUCCCAUCCGGGCGAGCGAUGCCUGGUCACCGAGCUGGGAUCACCCUCGACGCUGCUGAUGCCCAGGGAAAGGCUGACGCCACCGCAGCGCAACCAGAGGCAAGACCCGAAGCUCAAGAAGAAAAACUCACUGAAGCGCUUGUGCUUUUGAUUCCAUAGUUUUAAUUAAUUGUAAUGUGUAGUAUCUUGAAAACGUUUGCCUUAGUUCUUUUAAUGUUUCUUUUAAUUUGCGUUUAGUUGAGUUUUUACCUGUUUUUCAUCCAUGCAUAACGAAAUUCCCGUUAAGACUUACAUUUUUAAACUGUUGUCGCUUCAAGACUCUUGAACAAUCUGUACCUCUCUGAGAUUAGGCAC